AUGGCCAUGCCCGGUUCCCUUCUGUGGGCUGUUGACAUUUUUGGGAGGGUUUACACCCUGUCUACUGUUGGCCAGUACUGGGAGCUCUGCAAGGAUGCACAGCUGGAAUUUAAGCGGGUGUCUGCUGUCAAGCAGUGCUGCUGGGGAAUAGCCUGUGACCAUCAAGUCUACACCUACGUGUUCUCGGGUGACGUUCCUAUUAGAUACCAGGAAGAAACUUAUGAGAACCAGCGCUGGAAUCCAGUUGGUGGCUUUUGUGAGAAAUUACUGCCUAGUGACCGCUGGCAGUGGAGUGAUGUGAGCGGGCUAAAACAUCAGCAGCUCGAUAGUUUCACACUGCCUUCACCCCACUGGGAGUGGGAGUCUGACUGGUAUGUGGAUGAAAAUAUUGGAGGGGAACCAACAGAGAAAGGGGGCUGGACUUAUGCCAUAGACUUCCCCAGCACCUACACAAAGGAUAAGAGAUGGAAUUCUUGUGUCAGACGCAGAAGGUGGAUCAGAUACCGGAGAUACAAAUCACGGGACGUUUGGGCAAAGAUUGUAUCCCAAGAUGAUCCAGAUAAAUUGCCGGACCCUUUCAAUGACAUCUCCAUUGGAGGAUGGGAAAUCACCGAUGAGCCUCUGGGCCGUUUAUCAGUGUGGGCUGUUUCUUUACAAGGAAGGGUAUGGUACAGAGAAAAUGUCUGCCAUCACAAUCCAGAGGGUUCCAUGUGGUCCUUAAUCACCACUCCUGGUGAAGUUGUACAGAUCAGCUGUGGACCAUAUGAUCUCCUUUGGGCAACUCUUUGGGAAGGGCAAGCUAUUGUGAGAGAAGGAAUUGAUAGGAAUAACCCUCAAGGAAUUUCCUGGAGUAUUGUGGAGUCUCCAAGCUCUGAAAAUGGGAUUAUGCACGUGUCUGUGGGUGUUGAUGUGGUGUGGUGUGUUACAAAGGAUAGAAAAGUAUGGUUUAGAAGAGGAGUGAACUCACAUAAUCCUUGUGGGACAAGCUGGAUUGAAAUGGUUGGAGAAAUGAUGAUGGUAACUGUAGGCUUAAAUAACCAGGUGUGGGGAAUCGGCUGUGAUGACAGAGCAAUUUAUUUCCGUCAAGGUGUCACACCAAGUGAGCUCAGUGGGAAGACAUGGAAGGCAAUUGUGUCUGGCCGAGAGAGCGACAGAUCUCAGACCGGGAGCUCGACAAGUCUGCUCAGUGCUGGCUGUUUCUUUACUGAUGAUAUUCAGAACCAAACAAACGCGAUCAUUCAGGGUCUUGCAGAUACUUCCUCUGAUACAGAGCUUCCAAGUGUACCCAUGAACCUUGCCAACAUCCCCCCGGUCGGAGCUGCAGCCAGCAGCAGUGGUAACAGUCCAGGCAACCAGACAGCAGAAACCCAGGAAAAUGUGACUGUGGAUCCUCUGGACUCCGGUCAAGGAGAAGUCACUGUGGCUUCGACUAGUAGUGAGAAUGCUAAUCUUGAAAUGCAUAAACCUACAAACCCAAAUCCUUCUGCAGAACUGCAGUGGACAAACAUUGACUUGAAGGAGGCCCAAAAGCAUCCAGUCCUCUCCGUCAGCAGCUUUGCAGAAACAUCCAGCCUGUCUUCCCUUGGCAUGUUCUCAGUGGGAGCUGAAGAGCAGUAUGGAGCCGAUGAUCACCCACUGUGGGCCUGGGUGUCUGGGGGAGGCUGUCUUGUAGAUUUGCACAGCCCAUUGAAAUGGUUCACUGCUCCAUCAGGUUUGUCAUCCUCUGUGCAGUCGCUAUCACUGUCUAUCACUCCAGCACAGACAGCAGCAUGGCGAAAGCAGAUCUUUCAGCAGCUCAGUGAAAGGACGAAGAGGGAGCUGGAGAAUUUCAGGCACUAUGAACAGGCUAUUGAGCAGUCAGUUUGGGUUAAAACUGGAACCUUGCAAUGGUGGAGGAAUUGGAAGCCUCAUAAAUGGAUGGAUGUUCGAGUCGCACUUGAACAGUUCACUGGGAGUGAUGGAAUUCGUGACAGCAUCCUGUUCAUCUAUUACAUGUAUUAUGAGGAGAAAAAGUAUAUCCACGUGUUCCUGAAUGAAGUCACUAUUAUAGUUGAAGUUCUGAAUGAAGCCAAACAUUCCUUUGCACUUUAUACGCCUGAAAGGACGAGGCAGCGAUGGCCAAUCCGCCUGGCAGCCACAACGGAGCAAGAAAUGCAUGACUGGCUGUCUUUGCUGAACAUGUCGUGUUGUGAAAGCAGACGGAUUCAAGGCCCUCCUUCUCACCAUGCCAUUUGGUCAGUUACUUGUAAAGGAGACAUCUUUGUUAGUGAGCCAAGUCCUGAACUGGAGGACGGACCACAAGUGAUGCCAUGUGAUCAAAUGUUUUGGCGUCAAGUUGGAGGUCAUCUUCGACUGGUAGAGUGCAAUAACCGAGGCAUAGUGUGGGGCAUAGGAUAUGAUCACACAGCUUGGGUUUACACUGGUGGAUAUGGAGGUGGCUUCAUUCAAGGCCUGGCCAGUAGUGCUGAUAACAUUUAUACACAAUCAGAUGUGAAAUGUGUUUACAUUUAUGAGAACCAGCGGUGGAACCCAGUCACUGGAUAUAGCAGCAGAGGUCUGCCCACAGACAGAUACAUGUGGAGCGAUGCAUCUGGCCUGCAGGAAUGUACAAAACUCAACACCAAACCUCCUUCUCCACAGUGGACCUGGGUAUCCGAUUGGUACAUCGAUUUUAAUACUUCAGGCGGAACCGAUCGGGAGGGCUGGCAGUAUGCAGCAGACUUCCCAGCGUCCUACCAUGGUCACAAGACAAUGAAAGACUUUGUCCGACGGAGGCGCUGGGCAAGAAAAUGUAAGAUAGUCACCAAUGGGCCAUGGCUGGAAGUGCCUCCUGUUACCCUGUGGGACAUCUCCAUAAUUCCCAGUUCAGAUGCAGAUGGUGAAGAAGCAGUAGCACUGUGGGCAAUCAGUGACAAAGGAGACGUGCUCUGCAGGCUUGGAGUGACACAGCAAAAUCCAGCUGGAACAUCCUGGCUGCAUGUGGGAACAGAUCAGCCCUUCAUUUCCAUCUCAGUUGGAGCAUUUUACCAAGUGUGGGCUAUUGCUAGAGAUGGUUCUGCCUUCUAUCGGGGUUCAGUGUCUCCAAAAAAACCAGCAGGUGACUGUUGGUACCAUAUUCCUUCACCUCAAAAACAGAAGUUAAAGCAAGUCUCAGUAGGACGAACAUCUGUGUUUGUGUUGGAUAAAAAUGGCAAUCUUUGGUACCGGCAGGGUAUCACACCAAGCUACCCUCAAGGAUCUACUUGGGAUCACGUUUCAAAUAACAUCCGCAAAAUGUCUGUGGGGCCCCUGGACCAGGUCUGGGUGAUAGCUGACAAAGUGCAAGGAAGUCAUAGUUUGAGCUGUGGGACAGUCUGCCAUCGGACUGGUGUUCAGCCAAUGGAGCCUAAAGGCCUCUCAUGGGACUAUGGUAUUGGGGGUGGAUGGGAGCACAUUAGUGUCAGAGGAAAUGCAACUGAAGCAUCUAAGCUCACUGUGCAUGACACUUCUGAGGAAAACCUUGCAGUAUCAAAAGAUGUAGAAGAUGAGGAGAGUAAAGGGAAAACAGAACUCUCUAAAACCCCUCUGAUGGUCAGUGAAAGUCAGCAAUUGGACAGAAAUGCUGUUAAUUGUUAA